AGUGUUAGCUGCAUUUUUGUGCUAUAAAAAACAAAACAAAUAGCGAAAAAAGCGAGUGUUGUGAUCGGCAGAUAGGAGCAAAUGCCAGGAAAAUGGGUAAUCAAUUGGUUGGCAUUGCACCAUCGCAGAUCUAUGCAGUGGAACACUACUUUUCGGGCCAGUUUGGCAACGAAAUCAUUUUCGACUUGAACAUGGGCAGUACGCGUUUCUUUAAGGUUGCCAAAGCCAAAACCGAUGAGGGCUUAAUUGUUGUGAAAGUAUUUGUCAAACAUGAUCCGACAUUACCGUUGGAGGAUCACAAGGAGCGUUUGGAGAGCAUCAAGAAAAUAUUAACGCUGGCGAAUGCCGUUAAUUGUUUGCCCUUCCAGCGAGUCGAGCUCAUUGAUAAGGCGGCCUACAUAAUGCGCGAGUAUGUGAAGCAUAGUCUUUAUGAUCGCGUGUCCACGCGACCAUUUUUAACUGUGCUGGAGAAAAAGUGGAUCACAUUUCAGAUACUAUGCGCUCUGAAUCAGUGUCACAAGCAGAAGAUCUGUCACGGCGAUAUUAAGCUGGAGAACAUAUUGAUUACUUCGUGGAAUUGGAUUCUAUUGUCGGAUUUUGCAUCGUUCAAGCCCACAUAUCUGCCCGAAGAUAAUCCAGCUGAUUAUACAUAUUUCUUUGAUACAAGUCGACGUCGCACUUGCUACAUAGCUCCCGAACGCUUUGUAAAAACUCUGUCCUCAGAGGAUGAUCCCUAUAAUGCAAAUAUGUCGGUUAUACACUCCGAUUCGAUAAUACGUGUGCCGACCUCAUAUGCAGGAAACACUCUACAGCCGGCUAUGGAUAUCUUUUCCGCUGGUUGCGCGCUGCUUGAGCUAUGGACGGAGGGCACUGCUCCAUUCGAGCUGUCGCAGCUGCUCGCUUAUAGACUCGGGGAACGAGAGUUGGUGGAGAAACACUUGGCUGGGAUUGAGAACGAGCGAUUGCGUAAUUUGCUGGCAUCUAUGAUUGACAUUAAUUCGAUGAAUCGCAGGAGCGCCGAGGAUUAUUUGGAUCAGGAACGUGAUCAACUAUUUCCUGAAUAUUUUUACUCAUUUCUGCAGUCGUAUUUGCAAAUGUUCUCAUCGACGCCAAUUAUGUCGCCAGAUGAUAAGAUACAGUGUCUGCACAAGGAUAUUGGACACUGUAUCAAGGUGCUGACACAAGCACAGGACUUGACACCCAGUGACGAGGACGAACACAACCCGGAGAAAAGGGAUCCGAUUAAAUGUGAACGCCUGCCACCGGAACAGGAUGGCCUAAUAUUAAUCAUCACAGUGGUUACCUCUUGCAUUCGUGGACUGAAGCAGUCAAGUACGAAAAUUGCUGCACUGCAGCUGCUGCAAAAGCUAUCCAAAUAUACCACCUCGGAGACCAUACUGGAUCGCAUAUUGCCCUACAUUCUUAAUUUGGCGCAAAAGUCGACGGCAAAGGUACAGGUUCAGGCCUUUGAAACGCUGACAGCCUGCCUGAGCAUGGUGAAGGACAUUCCACGCAGUGAUGCCAACGUCUUCCCCGAAUACAUCCUGCCCUACAUCUCCGAUCUGGCCAGCGAAUCAAGUGCGGUAAUUGUACGCGUUGCUUUCGCCCGAAAUAUUGCAGUGCUAGCAAAGAGUGCUGUCUAUUUUCUGGAGGAGACGCAACGCAAUGCACCCAAUGAGAUGCCCACUCCACGCUACGAAGCAGAGCUGAAUGCUCUGCAUGACGUUGUGCGUCUGGCGGUGCUUAGUUUGUUGACGGACUCGCAACCGAUUGUCAAGCAGACACUAAUGGAGUCGGGCAUUUGUGAUCUGUGUGCGUUCUUUGGCAAGGAGAAGGCCAGCGAAGUGAUUCUCGCUCACAUUCUGACUUUCCUCAACGAUGAUGAUAAGAACUUGCGCGGUGCUUUCUACGAUAAUAUCGCGGGCGUUGCUGGCUAUGUGGGUUGGCAGGCGUCGGAUAUAUUGGUGCCGCUACUCCAACAAGGACUUACCGAUCGCGAGGAGUUCGUCAUAGCCAAGGCCAUUAGAGCGGUAACCACACUCAUUGAGCUUGGACACAUUAGAAAGCCCACCGUAACGGAGAUUGUGAAUGAGACCGCCUGUUAUAUGUGCCAUCCGAAUUUGUGGGUGCGUCACGAGAUCUGUGGCAUGAUCGCCACAACGGCGCGCAAUCUCAGCGCAAUUGAUGUGCAGUGUAAGAUUAUGCCAGCGAUUGGUAGAUUCCUCAAGGCGCCGGUUAUCCAAGUGGAGAAGCCACAUAUUCUGCUCGACUGCCUGCUGCCGCCCAUACCCAGACAGAUCUUUGAUAGCGUGUUGCGUUUCCAGGACAUACAGCAUUUCGUUGGCGCCCUCGAGGAUCGGGUGCGUUUGCGUAGUAACACGCGCCACAGCGGCCAGCCGCAGGCACAGCUGGAGGACAUGGGACAGACACUGCGCAAUCUUUUCAGGCGGCUCAACUCGGAAGGACUAACGGAGACGAUCGAGCUGCAACUGUUGGCCAUGAAAACGUUUUUGAUAUCGUUGAAGCACAAGGAUCUGCAGGAUCCCGACGAUGCAGGCCUGGCCAAUGGACGCAUUGUGGUCAGCCGCAAACAAGUCGCAUGCCACGAAUAUCCACUCGCCGACAAGGCCAACAAAAUGUUGCUUGAUAAUCGCACUAAUGAUGCACAUGCUCCCACACUGGUAUCGCCUGCAUCCGAUGCGGCUGUUACGCCCCACAUGACCGCUGGCACAUCGGGCAGUCCCGCCUCCGGCGUCAUGGUGCUGGGUGUGCCGACAAGCACAGUGAGCGCGGCCACUUCACUGGGUGAAUAUACGAUGCCGGAUCGCAAUUAUUCGCUGGAACGUUCGUCGGAGUGCUGCAAGGACUUGGAGUCGCUGACGCUAAAGAUCAAGCGUCGCUAUAAUGUCCUGGCACUCUCGCAACGUUGCAACUAUGAUAAGCUUGUGACACCGUAUCCAUCCAAUUGGCGUCUCAAUGGCACAUUGGUGGCCCAUUUGCAUGAGCAUUCCGAGUCGGUAAUUAAGUUGGCCCCUCUACGACCCGAUGGUUCUCUGUUUGCCAGCGGCAGCAUCGAUGGCACUGUUCGGCUGUGGGACUGCAGCAAACUGAAUGGCAAUCAGGGCAUUAAUAAAUCGCGCCAGGUUUAUUGCGCUCAGACGCCAAUCUAUGCGCUUGCCGCCUGUGACGCUGGACAAUCGCUGGCGGUGGGCGGCAAGGAUGGCAGCUUGCUCAUCAUGCGCAUCGAUCGCAAUUCCACCAAGAUGACGCUGCAACAGGCACUGGAUCAGAAAGAACAUAAUAAUGAUGGACCAGUUGUGGAUAUGCAUGCCUAUGAUCAGGCAGCGCAGAGUGUCAUUGUUUAUGCCACACUCUAUGGCGGCAUUGUGGCCUGGGAUACCCGGAUGCAGCAUAGCGCCUGGCGUUUGCAGAAUGAGUUGCGUCACGGCGUAAUUACGACCAUCUGUGCAGAUCCAACGGGCUCGUGGCUGGCAACGGGCACCAGUGGGGGCAAGCACAUUUGCUGGGAUCUGCGAUUUCGGCUGCCCAUAACAGAGAUUAAGCAUCCGGCGGACUCGUGGAUAAGGAAAGUCGCCUGCCAUCCCACGGAGCCAUCGUAUUUGAUCUCCGCCUCGCAGUCGAACAAUGAGGUGUCUGUGUGGAACAUUGAGACGGGUCAGCGACAAACGGUGCUCUGGGCCAGUUCGGCACCGGUGCUUACAAACACCAGUCUCAAUGAUCCGGCAACAAAUUGCGGCAUCUUAAGUGGAGUUGUCGAUGGAUCGCCAUUUAUUUUGACGGGUAGCUCGGAUCAACGCAUCAGAUACUGGGACAUUGGAUCACCAAAGAACUCGGCACUGAAAGUGCCCGCAGCCAAUGAUAACUUGACAAAUGUAUCCUUUAACUAUAGUGCCCGUCUCAUCGAUGGCAGCCAGGUGAUUGAGGAGCAAAUCAUUCCUAAGUGCAACGCAGGCGACUCGCAACAGUUGCGCAAUUCGAUCGAAGAGAGUCCCAGAUCGGGACCGGAUAUGCCCAAGGCAAGUCAUCACGAUGCGAUUACCGAUUUACUCAUGUGCAAGGAUAAGGGUCAAAUCUAUAUAGCAUCGGCAUCGCGAGACGGUGUCAUCAAGCUUUGGAAGUAAUAUCUGUAUUUUAACUCUUUAUCUGUGAUUAGUCCAAUUAAAACAACAACAACAUAUAACUUAUAA